AUGAACCGUGUUCGCGAGAUCAACACGAUCAACCAGCGCGAGCUCGAGCUCGGCGUCAAGGGCUCGUGGCACGACGAGUACAGAGACUCGGCCUACGUGUGGGUCGGCGGCCUCUCGUACGACCUGACCGAGGGCGACGUCGUGACCGUGUUCAGCCAGUGGGGCGAGAUUGCCGACGUCAACCUCCCGCGCGACGCCGAGACGGGCAAGACAAAGGGCUUUUGCUUCAUCAUGUUUGAGGACCAGCGCUCGACCGUGCUGGCCGUGGACAACAUGAACGGCGCGCAGGUCCUGGGACGUACCCUGCGGUGCGACCAUGUGCGCGAGUAUCGCCAGCCAGGGAAGAAGAACGAGGGCGGCGACUGGGAGCCCGCAGAGCAGCCGACGUACAAUGCCCGGCCGAAGCCGCUCGACGACUCGGACGACUCGGACACGGCCUCCGAGGCCGAGGACGACGGCCUGGACGAGGAGGAUCCCAUGACAGAGUUCAUCCGCGCCGAACGCGCCAAGCAGCUGAGCGGCAAGCGUAAACGCGACGAAAGCAAGGACGAGAAGAAGGCGCGCAAGGAGGCCAAGCGGGCGCGCAAGGCCGAGCGCGAGCGCAAGCGUGCCGAGCGGUCUGGCCGUGAGCGCGAGCGCGAGCGCGGAGACAGGCCGAAGAGGCUGGAAGACAAGGAGAGGGAGAGGAGGAGUGAGGGACGGGACAAGGUGGAGAGGGCUGAGAGGGUUGACAAGGCCGAGAGGGAUGACAGGGAGAGGCGGGACAAGCGCGACUCCGAGGACCGCCGGGAUCGCGACGGCGGUGACCGUGCGCGUUCGUCGCGUGAUGAUAGGGAGCGCUCGUCCCGCGACAACCGUGAUCGCUCUACUCGGGACGACCGUGAACGCUCUUCUCGUGACGACAAGGAGCGCCCUCGUGACGACAGGGAACGCUCUGCUCGCUCCGACCGGGAACGCUCUACUCGCGACGACAGGGAGCGUUCUGCUCGCGACGACAAGAACGGUGUGAGGGACGAGGACCGUGGCGCCCGCAGCCGCCGCGACGACGACAGGCCACGCGACCGGUACCGCGAUGAGCGGGAUACCCGCGACCCUCGCGACUCUGGCGACUCCCGUCGAGACGACAGGGACCGUUAUGACGACCGCCGAGACCGUCGUCGCGAUGACCCGCGCGACUCGCGCGACCCCCGAGACUCUCGUCGUGACGAGAGGGACGACUCGCGAUACGACCGCCGCCGCUGA